AUUCAUAAUGGUUAUUUUAUCCUUCAUCAGUAAUGCUCUUGUUGUUACUCUUGCUUCCAUGUCUCUGGACAACUAUAAUAGCUGAUCGAAUUGAGCUCCAAUCUGCACGUGUAACCAACUGGGGGGAUUGGCAAGAAUGGAAAAGGUGCCGCGAUGGUCAGUUUGUUCACGCCGUCAAUCUGAAGUACGAACAACGUCAGCACAGUGGAGACGAUACAGCUCUUAACGCAAUUGCUCUUUUCUGUAAGAAUAUUGGAGGUGAUUUCAACAAACAAAAUGAGAUCAAAAGUGGCGAGGGGGCAUGGGGUGAGUGGCAAGGCGACAACAUUUGCCCGAACAACUUGUUGAUUAUUGGAUUCGCUCUACAAUCAAAUCCGGAUGAAGGAAAGGGUGACGAUGUUGGCGCCAACAACUUUGCAGCGUUUUGCGGACCACCACACGGUGCCAGAAAUAAGGACAUUGAACUUUUAGGCAAUGCCAUGAGUUGGGGUACCUGGACAGGAGAUCAUUUUUGCCCUGAUGGUUUUGCAGUUUGUGGAAUUCAGACGCAAAUCGAACGAAGCCAGGGUGGGAAUGGAGAUGAUACUGCAUUGAACAAUGUGAACAUAGAGUGUUGCCGAAUUCCUUGAGAACAUUCAUUAAAACAUUUGAAAUCUUUUUUUGAAUACAAUAAAAACAAAAUACUCUU